AUGCUUAUGCCGAGCGAAAGAAAGGUGGAAAACUGGGUCCAGGAAGAUAAAUGUCAGAAAAUCGACGAACUUGACGAUAUUUUGGUGGAUAUUACCGGCUAUUCGUUCUCAUACUUGCGAACCGCCUUUGUGUACACUGGGUUUUUUCUAACAUGCGGACUGUUGAGACUAGUUUUUCACUGGUUUCCACACUGGAUGCUGAUAUGUAUGUAUAAAAAGUGCGCUUUGAUGGAGGCUGAGAGGAUUCUUGUUCAGGAUGCCUAUGGUGUUUAUUACAUACAUGAUGUUAUUGUUGACGUUAUUGAAGGAGUGAAUUAUACCGGAAGCUCUUACGUCCGUAAGCCUGUGUCAUUUAUGAAGUCACGAAUGGAUGGUAGGAUGAUGUGUUAUUUCAUUCAUAAAUGCCUAAAGUACGUAUGGAAUGGACAAACUCGCCGUUUUGAGCUCAUCAGGGGUUGGCAUGAAACUGCAUAUGAAGAGAUCCUGGAUUCUAAGCCUUUGAAUAACGAAACAGUCCUUAUGAAUCGUGCGUUGUAUGGAAUGAAUGAAAUAAGUAUCAAUCUUACUUCAAUUAUCAGGCUACUACUUGAUGAGUGCUUGAAUCCGUUCUACUGUUUUCAAAUAUUCAGCUGUAUUUUGUGGUAUUCUGAUGAGUACUGGAUGUACGCUACUUGUAUUGUUGUUAUUUCAAUUAUAUCACUAUCGUGGCAAGUUUAUGAACUACGUAGAAACGAAAGGACUCUUAAAGAAACUAUGUGUAUAUCCUCUUCUGUAAUGGUUUAUCGAGAGGAAGAUGGGGUUAAAGAAUUCAAAGAAGUGGAUUCCAUUUCAUUAGUUCCCGGUGAUAUAAUUGAAAUUCCACGAAACGGAUGUCUGGUUCAGUGUGAUGCCAUCUUACUAACAGGAAACUGUAUAGUAAAUGAAAGUACAUUGACUGGUGAAAGUGUUCCAGUUACCAAAAUUCCCUUAACCGAUUCACCGUCCAAUGGUACGUUAUUCGAUAUCAAACUUCAUGGUCGGCAUAUUUUAUUUGCUGGUACUACUGUUAUUCAAACAAGAAAUUAUGCAGAUGAGCGAGUUCUGGCGGUUGUUGCACGCACUGGCUUUUACACUGUCAAGGGUGAGCUUGUACGGUCAAUUCUGUUUCCGAAACCUCUAAAGUUCAAAUUCACCCAAGAUUCCUUCCGGUUUAUUUUUGCUUUGUCUAUUCUUGCUGUGAUUGGUUUAGGAGUUUCAAUCUAUUUGAUGAUAAGAGCUAACGUUGGUGUUGGUGACAUUAUCCGUCGAGCGUUAGAUUUAGUUACUGUAGUGGUACCACCAGCCUUACCUGUUGUAAUGACAGUAGGUGUUGUUCUGGCUCAACGACGUUUAUUAUCUCAUGGAAUAUUUUGUGUCAAUUCAACCGUGAUCAAUGUUUGUGGAGUUAUCAAUGUAGCUUGUUUUGAUAAAACGGGUACUUUAACAGAAGAUGGUUUGGAUAUGUGGGGUAUUAUUCCCUAUGAAGAUGGUUUAUUUGGAGAUCCGGAGUUAGAACCAUCAGAGUUGAAUAAUGGUCCUUUAAUGGAAUGUUUAGCGACUUGUCACUCAUUGACAUUGAUUGAAGGAGUUCUGGCUGGAGAUCCUCUGGACUUAAAGAUGUUCCAGUCAACUAAAUGGGAACUCAUUGAAGAAGCUGCUGAUCACUGUAAAUUUGAAAUGGCUGUCCCUGCUAUCGUACGUCCACCUAGUAAAACCAGAUUGAAGGGAAAGACUUCUGAAAAAUUUAAUGAUGAUGAUAUUCCAUAUGAAGUGGGUAUUUUACGUCAAUUUCCAUUCAGUUCUUCAUUACAACGUAUGUCUGUGAUUACUCGUGCUCUCAAUCAAAAUCAUUUCAAUAUCUAUACUAAAGGUGCACCUGAAACUAUUGAAUUAUUGUGCAGAUGUGAUACUAUUCCUAGAGAUUUCCAUUCUACUCUGUUGGAAUACACACGUGAAGGUUAUCGAGUUUUAGCGUUAGCUUGGAAACCAUUGAAAGCAACCUAUACAAAAGUUUUACGUGUAUCUAGGGAUCGUGUCGAGCAAGAUCUACAAUUUCUUGGUCUAUUGAUCAUGGAGAACCGUUUAAAACCGGAAACAACUCAAGUGAUUGAAACUUUAAGAUAUGCUAAUAUUCGACCUGUAAUGGUGACUGGUGAUAAUAUGUUAACUGCAUUGUCCGUAGCUCGAGAUUGCGAGAUGAUCGAUGAACUGGAUCGUAUUAUACUUGUGUCUGCAAAACCACCACCACUUCCUCCUCAUGUUCAGUCAUCUAGUUCGAAUGAUUCUGUGACAUGUUCUGCCAAAGUUGAUCUAGCAAGUGAUCAACAACACAUUGAUACUUCUUCAAAUCAUGUUAGUUUACCAUCCAUUCUGUUGACACAAUCACAAGGAACAAGAAACAAUAAUAGACCACGUACACACUCAAGUUUUAAUGCAACAAAUUCUUUAUUUGAGGAGAACUUCUUCAAUCAACAAUACGAUUCAUUAGUUGAAUUUCAUUAUGCUGAAGAUUUACACAAACCAGUCACUGAAGUGACAGCUACAACUGAAACAGGAACAACGAGGAAAUUUCAUAAAUCUCGGCCUGUUGAUCGUACUUCGACUAAAACUGAUGCUGAUGCUCACACAUUCUCUGUAAGAAAUGUUACGAAAUCUCGAAAAUUGAUACAUCGCUUAUGUGAAGAUGUCCCAUGUGUUUCACGUGGAUGCGAACAACAUUCCUCACCAUCUUCAAGCCCAUUGACAGAUAUAACUGCGGUGCCUAAUGUUUCAGUGCAUGGUCACCCUCGUACUUCAUCCGAUCAACGAGAACAUCACGACUAUGAAAUAGGAAAGAGUGGAUGUUAUUUGAAAGAUGAUUUACAUUCGGUAUCAAAUCAUCGUUUGAAUCGCACUCGUCCUGUAUCUAUACGGAUGCUCGAUCGACCUGAUUUCCACCUAGCUAUAUCUGGAAAAACAUGGGCUAUCAUUCGAGAAUAUUAUCCGUGGCUUAUACCAAAGCUUGUAGUCAAAGGCACUGUAUUUGCUCGUUUUCGUCCGGAACAAAAAGCUCAACUGAUUGAAUCACUUCAAUCAGUUGGUUAUUUUGUUUCAAUGUGUGGUGAUGGUGCUAACGAUUGUGGUGCAUUGAAAGUAGCACAUGCUGGAAUUGCAUUAAGCGAAGCUGAAGCCAGUGUUGCUAGUCCUUUCACAUCGAAGCAACAAAAUAUUAGUUGUGUACCGACACUUAUUCGUGAAGGUCGUUGUGCGUUGACUACUAGUUUUGGUGCAUUUAAAUUUAUGGUUGGUUAUUCAAUGAUCCAAUUUUUCUCUGUUAUACUAUUAUAUUAUAUUGGCAGUAAUAUUUCUGAUCUGCAAUUUUUAUUCAUUGAUCUUUUCCUUAUCACAACUCUGGGUCUUACGUUUGGUUAUACUCCGGCGUAUCCUCGUCUCUCGGUGGAACCUCCUGGGAUGCGAUUAGUGUCAACUGUGACCUUGUUAUCAUUGGGUUUGCAGUUACUCACUUGUGGUGUUGUACAAUUUUCAGUCUUCGUGUUCACUCGACUACAACCAUGGUAUUUACCCCUGUUUACUUAUCAUGAAGACUAUGAAUUAAAAAAUUAUGAAAGUACGGCCGUAUUCUCCGUAUCUGUCUAUCAAUAUAUUAUAUUGGCUAUUGUAUUCUCUAAAUCUGCACCAUAUCGUCGAUCAAUUCUUUCUAAUCAUUUAUUCGUUGUGAACCUUAUUGCAUGUAUUGCCGGAUCAUUAUACCUCACAUCUCAUCCAGCCCGUGUGAUUCGCAAAUUAUUUGAACUGUGUCGUUUCCCUUCAGUUUAUUUUGUAAUAAUUCUUCAUGGAAUAGUAUUGGGGAAUUUACUAUUUGGAUAUAUUUUGGAAUCGAUCGUUGAUGGUGUUUCAUUUCGACAACGAAUACGUCAUAUUCAACAUGCUUUAUUUCCCAGACAUGUUUCACGUAAAGACUAUGAACACAUUCGUGACGAAAUAGAUAGAUUGGCUGGAGUGUGGCCACCAAUUAUACGAUCUGCUAGUGUGCAAGCGUUACCAAGAGAGUUGUUCAAUGAAUGUGAUGUUGUUGGACAAAUUGCACAAACAUCAAGAAAACGCUAUAAUUCAAGACUUUCAACUGACAGUGAAUCUGAUGAAGAUUUUAUUUCAAUUACUUCUGAGGAAAAAGCUGUCCUUUGUAAUAGUUUACAUGAUAAUAAUAUUGUUCAUCAACAAGUACCAUUGCAUUACAAUUCUCAAUCUCCGUCUUGUGUUUUUGAUACUGUGCCGAAAAGUGCGAUCGAAAAGUCUGUUAACAAGAAACGGACAAGUUCUACUAGCAGCUAUAAUCGCCAUUCGUUUAACACUACGAGAAGCCUUGAAAGCAAAAGUAUCAAACGCAAUACUUUUAAGGAAAACACUCCUAAACAACAAACGCCUGUAGCACAUCAAACACUGGAGGUUGGAGUUCUUACUCCGACUCGACGAGCUGAACGUAUUCGAUCACAGAGUGGACCAAAACCACUUAGUCCAAAUUCUGUUGACCUUCAGUCGGACCCAUUCCAAUCAGCUACUUACUACUGA